AUGGCUUCCAAUUCUUCUCCCAUGGAUUUCGAUCCUUCGUCGCCGGACAUUCCCCCCUCAAGUCCAAUCCCCAACACACUAUCCACUCCCGGCAGGAGACGCCGCCGUCAAUCUACUACUCCGUCUGCAUACGGAACACCUCAGCCGAACCGAUCUCGUUUGGCUUCCUCUGAUGCUACCCCAACGCCCUCACGUCACCGCAGAGGCGGCGGUAUCCCAUCUGGCCGUCGCGUUCCCGCUACUCCGACUUCCACUUCCGACGACGUACCCAUGUCUUCCGAAGGUGGAGACGGCUAUGACAUGGACGAUGCUGGUCCUACCUACGUCUGGGGUACUAACAUAAGUGUGGAAGAUGUGAACGAUGCGAUUCAGAGGUUUUUGAAGCACUUCAGGGAACAGUCUACUUCGCAGGGGGAUAUUGAUGAUCUAGAUACUGAAGGAAAGUAUGAGAAAUUGAUUAAACAGGUUAUUGAACUAGAAGGUGAAUCUAUUGAUGUUGAUGCUCGUGACGUGUUUGAUCAUGAUCCUGAUUUGUAUACCAAGAUGGUUAGAUACCCUCUUGAGGUGUUGGCCAUUUUUGACAUGGUUUUGAUGAACAUGGUGACCAGAAUGAAACCAAUGUUUGAGAAGCAUGUUCAGACUCGGAUUUUUAAUCUCAAAACCUCAACUUCUAUGAGAAAUUUGAACCCUUCUGAUGUUGAGAGGAUGAUCUCAAUGAAGGGUAUGAUUAUUCGGAGCAGCUCAAUUAUACCUGAAAUUAGGGAAGCUAUAUUUAGGUGUCUGGUGUGUGGAUACUGCUCUGACCCGGUCCUUGUGGAGAGGGGACGAAUAGCUGAACCUACAGUAUGUCUGAGGGAAGAGUGUCAGUCCAGAAACUCAAUGACACUUGUUCACAACCGAUGCAAGUUUACCGAUAAACAAAUUGUGCGGCUCCAGGAGACACCUGAUGAGAUACCUGAAGGAGGAACACCUCACACUGUUAGCUUGCUGAUGCAUGACAAGCUGGUGGAUACUGGAAAGCCAGGUGACCGAGUUGAGGUAACUGGUAUAUACAGGGCCAUGAGUGUCAGGGUUGGUCCAACUCAAAGAACUGUUAAGUCAUUGUUCAAGACCUAUAUUGAUUGUCUUCACAUAAAGAAGACAUCAAAGUCCCGGAUGCUAGUUGAGGAUGCUAUGGAGGUUGACAAUGGCCAGGGCAGAAAUGCAGAAGAAGUUCUAUUUAGUGAAGAAAAGGUAGCUCAACUGAAGGAGCUCUCGAAACAACCAGAUAUUUAUGAAAGACUAACAAAGUCAUUGGCACCAAACAUCUGGGAGCUAGAUGAUGUAAAGAAAGGUCUUCUUUGCCAGCUUUUUGGUGGCAAUGCUUUGAAGUUGGCAACUGGUGCAAGCUUUCGUGGUGAUAUAAAUGUUCUCCUUGUCGGUGAUCCUGGAACUAGCAAGUCCCAGCUACUUCAGUACAUACACAAACUAUCUCCACGUGGCAUUUACACCAGUGGAAGGGGGAGCUCGGCUGUUGGAUUGACUGCUUAUGUGGCCAAAGAUCCUGAAACAGGCGAAACUGUUCUCGAGAGUGGCGCCCUAGUUUUGAGCGACCGAGGUAUCUGCUGCAUAGAUGAAUUUGACAAAAUGUCCGACAAUGCAAGGAGCAUGUUGCACGAGGUGAUGGAACAACAAACUGUUUCAAUAGCAAAGGCAGGCAUUAUUGCUUCCCUCAAUGCUAGGACGUCGGUGUUGGCCUGUGCAAAUCCUAGUGGGUCACGAUAUAAUCCUCGCUUGUCUGUCAUUGACAAUAUACACCUUCCUCCCACUCUUUUAUCUAGGUUUGAUUUGAUUUACUUAUUACUUGACAAGGCUGAUGAACAGACUGACAGACGACUUGCCAAACAUAUUGUUUCCCUCCACUUCAAGGAUCAUGAGACCAUGGAGCAGGAUGUGUUGGAUAUUUCUACACUAACUGAUUAUGUUAGCUAUGCCCGAAAGCAUAUACAUCCACAGCUGUCAGAUGAAGCUGCUGAUGAAUUGAUUACUGGCUAUGUAAAAAUAAGGGGUAGGGGAAAAUUUACUGGCAGUAGCAAAAAGGUAAUAACAGCAACUCCGAGGCAGAUUGAAAGUUUGUUACGCCUAAGUGAAGCAUUGGCUAGGAUUCGCUUCUCAGAAUGGGUUGAAAAGCAUGAUGUAUUGGAGGCAUUUCGACUUCUGGAAGUUGCAAUGCAGCAGUCUGCAAUGGAUAUAAAAACUGGAACUAUCGACAUGGAUCUUAUUACUACUGGUGUUUCGGCAUCUGAAAGGAUCAGACGAGAAAGUUUGAUUCAAGACACUCGUAACAUAAUCAUGGAGAAGAUGCAGAUUGGGGGACGUUCCAUGCGUUUGUUGGAGAUAUUGGAAGAAUUGAAGAAUCAGAGCCCUGGCAAUGAAAUUCAUCUUAAUGAUCUAAGGAAUGCAGUUUCUACUCUUGCCAGCGAAGGAUUUCUUUCCAUGGUUGGUGACAGUGUAAAAAGAACAUGA